UCCUAAACAGCCAUCUGCGAUCAAACAUUGCAUGGCGUAAAGAACUACAACUGAGAGAAGGUCAGGAUGGUCCAGAAAAUACUUAAUAACUUAAUUGGCAGCAAGUAUGUUGGUAUCUUACGGGCGUGGGUACCAAACAUGGUCGCCUGGGGAACAGUUGGUGGAGUGGCCCUCAUUCACUUCACAGACUGGAGGUUGUUUCUAGACUAUGUGCCAUACAUUAAAGGGAAGUUCAAAGAGGAUGAGUAAAGUCUUGCACGACUCAAUUGACCAGAUCUUUGGAAAAGGCACAUAGGUGGAUUGCUUUCACAACGCAAGCUUAAGGGGGAUGCCAUGGCUCAGCAAUCAGUCGCUGCUGGCUUGUUAGGAGUUUGGACUACGGGAUGCACUCUGCAUAAAAGCUGUUCUUGAUCCAGUGUUAUUGAAUGUGAAUAAAACUACAAUUUACCCAAAUGUGUCCAGUUAUUCAAAAACAAAUUCAAACUAUUUUAAUGUGUUGUUAAAAUUGCUUGGGAUGGGUAUUUUAAGUAUUUUGUGAUUAAAAACUUUAUAUUCCAUUAGUUUGUAUCUGUAAUGCUUUCUUUUCUUCUUU